AUGGCGUUUUACGGUCGCGUCAAAUCCGGGAUAUCUCUUCUUUCUUCUCAGAGAUCUACUAUUCAACGCUCCCUCAUCGCGCCUUCCAUUUCCCAGGCCUUCAGAAAUUUUGCUCAUGUGCCGGGGCAAAAGGAAACCAAAAUUAAGGUCCCCAUCGCAAUGUUUGGAGGUUCAGGAAACUAUGCCUCUGCUUUGUAUAUUGCAGCAGUGAAAGUUAAUUCGGUCGACAAGGUUGACUCUGAGCUUCUUCAGUUUGUUGAGGGAGUAAAGGGUAGUCCCAUAACCUCACAAUUUAUAAAGGAUAUAUCUGUGGCUAAGGAUGUUAGAGUAAAAGUCAUCCAAGAUAUUGCCACCCAAGCUAAGUUCUCUGAUGUCACAAAGAACUUCCUUGGUAAGCUAGGUUUUACUUAUUAG